UGCACGCUGCUGGCACAUGAAUAAAAUCGACUCCAUGCCCAUUUUAAAUUCACGUUGUUCUCUUAUACUUGAUCCUUCGAGCUUGACUUACCUGCCGAUAUAUAGCCAAUAAUGCCAGCGUCACUCUAUAUCCACGCAUUUUCCAUCACGGGAUCGAUCUUCGCUUCGGGCGCCUCCCAAGCCCUUAAUUACUUUGCUCUCCCAGCUGUACUCCUCGCACCAACCCCCUCACUCAAAGCAAGACAAUUCGUCGCAGCUCACUGGCUGGGUCACAUCACAAUUCCUCUGACAUUCAUCCCCUGCGGGCUUAUGCACUUUUAUCUCGCGUAUAAUGAUGCUACAGCCAAUAGUCGCCUCGAAACUAUCGCUGGCGCAAUCACAAUCAGUAUAUUCCCGCUGAGUGUCGUGUUCAUCGAGAAGUUGUACUUGUACAUCUAUACUUUGAGAGGGAAGAAGGACGAGGAGAUUGAGGCGGACUUGAAGAACAAAGGUGAAGGGGACCUUGAUACGUUGAUCGUUCGGUGGCAGCGGUGGAAUACGUUACGAGCAGCGCUGCCGUUUAUAGGUGCGAUGGUGAGCUGGUGGAAUCUUUUGGAGGAUGUGAGGCAGUGAGUGUUUGGUCGUUGCGAGGUCCAGUGCUGGAAUGCGGCAGAAGCUAGAUGACUAAUUAAAACGACAACACCAUCCAUCGGAAUUGGAUAGAUCUAAGCCUAAUUCA